AUGUCAUCCAUACUUCGUACCCUGGUCGCUCGCGAUGACAACAAUGACGUGGAUUGCGAGAGUGUCAACGCACAAUGCGCCCUUUCCGACUCCUUCUAUGGGUACUUUCCGUCACUUGCAGCAAACACCGUGUUCCUGGUCCUCUUCAUUUUCAUGUGGAUUGCGCACGGUGGGCAGGGUAUCUACUACCGAUCGUGGUCGACAUUUGCAGCAAUGAACCUUGGCUGUCUAUGCGAGGUGUUGGGGUACAUUGGUCGGUUGAUGAUGCAUCACAACCCGUACAAUCUCAACGGGGUGUAUUUGUUCGGCCAGGACGUUUCUUCGCUCAAGCCGAUCAAUUAUAUCUACAUUUUCAUAUUCUGUGAUCUUGUUUCUCUUGCGCUGCAAGGCGCUGGAGGUGGGCUGGCAUCGGUUGCAGCUCAGAACAACGACGACAUGGCCACAGGUGAUAAUACGCAGCUCGCCGGUCUAGUCUUCCAAGUUGCAAGCUUGGCGCUUUUUGCCAUUUGUUGCGCGGAAUAUGCGUGGCGCGUCUGGCGGAAUCCUGCGGCUUCAGCUAGGGUACCAACGGUCUUCAGCCAAAACAAGAACUUGAAAGCGAAGGCGUUGUAG